CAACACUUUACGAAUAGUUCUAAAAUGGCGGAUAUCUCACCUGAGCGAAAAAGGAGUAAAACUUCUCGUGAGAAAAUGAAAGAAAAACACUGACAUCAUGAAAGAAAUCUUCGUCAAUAGACAGGUCGGCCGGAAGCCUAUUUUACAGAUCAGUCAGAAGAGUCAUAAGAGGGUGAAAAAAGAAACUGACAAGGAUGGUAAAGAAAAAAAAGUGCCAAAAAAAAUUGAACCAAAUAUGAACUUGUCUGGAAAGCUGAAUGAGGAUACAAACAUGUAUAAAGGUGUUGUUAUAAAAUAUAAUGAACCAGAAGAAGCUAGAAAACCAAAGAAGAGGUGGCGACUAUAUCCGUUCAAAGGUGACCAGGCCCUUCCAUUUAUACCCAUUCAUAGACAGAGUGCAUAUUUAUUGGGACGUUCUAGAUUAAUCGCAGACAUUCCCAUCGACCAUCCUUCGUGCUCUAAGCAGCAUGCUGUGCUUCAGUUUCGUCUGGUGGAAUACGAAAGAGACGACGGUACGACGGGUAAACACGUCCGUCCUUACAUAAUUGAUCUGGAAUCUGCAAACGGAACAUUUGUAAACAACAAUCAAAUAGAACCCCGUAGAUAUGUAGAACUGUUAGAAAAAGAUGUGUUGAAAUUUGGAUACAGCACUCGCGAGUACGUCAUUAUUCAUGAAGAUUCCAAAGAGGACGAACUAGAAGAGGAAGAAGAAUUGAUGUCGGAUAAAUGAGAUUGUACAAAAAAUUAUAUUUAAAUAUCUCUUUAUAAGUUCUUAAAAGUUCUGUUUACAAUCAUCACUAAUUUUGAGAAAAAAUAUAUAUAUUUUAGUUGAUAUGACAUCACAAAUAUACAAGUAAAACAUGGAAACUGUAAAUAUGAUCAUCAAGAUGUUGAGAAGUCACGUAAAUUUGUUAUUCUCAUUUAUGUCAAAUAAAAGUGUUUUAAAUACUUAAA